AUGUCCUUCCGAUCCGCAGCAACCUCCUUAAGGACCCUGAUCCCUACACGGACCCCUAUACUCUCUUCCCGCUCCGCCCUUACCCACCGGUCCCCCCUGACAAGGUCUACACCGUCCUUACGUCAUGCUUCGUCAGCCGCUUCGACGUCGUCCUCGCAUGCGUCAUCGUCGUCCUCUUCGAUGAGCGGGGUCAAGGCCGGUUCAUUGGCUUUGGUCGGCUUGGUCGCUUGGUCCAGUGUGUUCUUCUACGUUGGACAGCAGGGAAAGAAAACCGAUCAUCGCGUCAAGCAUGAGGUCGAGGUCAAGGUCAAGCAGGUCAAGAAGGACGUCAAGGACAAGGCCAAGCAAGUCGGAGCCAAGGCAUCCGAGGUCAAGGACAAGGUUGGGGAAAAGGUUGAUCAUCUCAAGGAGAAGGUUGGGGGAAAGAUCGAUGAGGCCAAGCAAGGUGAUUUUGAGCGGUUGAUGCUCGACCAGGUCGCGCCGAGGUCGAAUCGAGACUCAAUCUCUACUACAGUGGAGCCCCGGGGAGGUUUCAAUGGACGUAGAACUAUCAUGCGGUCUUGAAAAGUAUCCAAGUUCCGGUCAUACUACGAGGACACAACCUGAUUAGCCCUAUUAUCCUUUGCCCCGCUCUCCCUCCUCUAGCCCUUCCCACAAGCACCGACCCUGCUUCCGAUCGACCGGACCCAGACGACCCCUCCUCCCCGCAAUCCGCCGCCUACGACCCCGAAACCGGUGAAAUCAACUGGGACUGCCCCUGCCUGGGCGGCAUGGCCGAUGGACCCUGUGGACCCGAAUUCAAGCUCGCGUUCAGUUGUUUCGUCUAUUCCGAGGCCGAACCCAAAGGCGUCGAUUGCGUCGAAAAGUUCAGGGGUAUGCAGGAAUGCUUUAGACAGCAUCCGGAUAUUUAUGGGACUGGUGAGUUGUUUCGAGGGACGAAUGAAGGCGUUUGUCAGUCGCGGUCGGUUCGAAGGGGAACUGAUCUCUCUCAUUUGGGGCGUUCGCCAAUGUGCACACUUUUCAGAUGAUGUAGUCGAUGAGGAUGACGAUACAUUUGAACUAGUCUCGGCCGCUCAAGAGGCUCUCGACCUCCCGGAGGAUGAAGGUGUAAAGCUUUAA